AUCUUUACAACACCAGAACCAACAAGUGGAGCAGCUUUGAUAUUUAUGCUAAAUUUGUUGGAAGAAUACGGGAUGUCUAAAUUAAACUUUCGUGAUCAAGUUGCACAUGAAGCUCGAAUACAAGAAAUAAUGUCAAAAGAAUACGCGACAUCGGUUCGAGCCAAUAUUUCUGAUAAUGAAACGUUUCCUCCCCCCUAUUAUAACCCAAUGUUUGAUCAAAUGGAUGAUCAUGGCACCACUCAUGUGUCGGUUUUAGAUAUUAAUAAUAUGGCCGUUUCGUUCACUUCUACU